CUCACACACCCCCCCAUGCACUCCUCUGGGGCAUGGAGGAGUUAACUUGGCAGAGGUUUCUCCGUUUCUGUGAGGUGGCUUUGAUCCAUAAUCUGAGGAUGGCAUUUUUCUCCAGGGACUGUGACAUUGCAGUGGUGCUGUGCUGGUAGUUUUGCAGGCUGGCUGCUGUAGCUGCUGGGCAGACGGCUGGGCUAAUUCACUCUGACUAACAGGAAGUUACACGACAGCAGAACAGGCAGCUUAAGAAAAUCUGACUCCCUCGCUUUGAGAGGCAAAACAAAGUAGACAGCUUAAAGAAGAGGUUUGUACGACGACAAGUCUCACCAAAUGUUCAGUAGGCAUGCAGCUGGUAGCCUGUGUAGCAGUGCUGGUGUUCUGGGUGGCAGAAGCUGUAGAGAGCUGUCCUGAUGUCUGUAAAUGCACCAAGAAAACCAGCCCUGAAAGGUCAGAGGUCAACUGCCACAAGAAGGGGAUGAGGACAUUUCCCUCCAAACUGCCCCCUGAUUCCUGGAUCCUAAAGAUGGGCGAGAACGGAAUAGUCGACCUCCCAGCAAACGUCCUGAAACCCAUCCCCAAGAUCGAAAGCAUCAACUUGGAACGCAAUGCCAUCAAAUCAAUACACCCCCAGGCCUUCUKUGGAGCCCAGAGACUGAUGCUGAUCAAUCUGUAUGGGAACCAGAUCAACAAACUCCCUGUGAAAGGCUUCCAGGAUCUCAUCAACCUCCGCUUCCUCAUGCUGGGCCAGAACCAGAUCUCCAGUGUCAAACCAGACAUGUUCACAGGCAUGCGGAACCUUUCAGACCUGGACCUGCCCCUCAACUCUCUAGUUGCCCUUCCUUCCAACGCCUUCAAGCCUCUGAACGCCCUAAAGGUUCUGGACCUGGCCCUCAACCGCAUCGAGAGGAUCUCCCCCAAAGGCUUUGUGGGCCUGACAGAGCUGCUGUUCCUCAACCUGGACAACAACAGUCUGAAGAGCAUCUCGGCUGGUGCCUUCAAGCCUCUGGCCUCCCUGGAGAUGCUGGUGCUGGAUAACAACCUGCUGUCCACUUUGACCUCAGCCACUCUGGAGGGCCUGUCCAACCUUCAGGAGCUCUACCUGAGGAACAACGAGCUGGAGAGGCUGCCCCAGGACCUGUUUAGACAUACACCCAAGCUCUCCCAGCUGGCCCUCAGUGGAAACCGUCUCAAAAACAUGGAUGGAAACAUUUUCACCCAGCUGUCUGGCCUGAAGGAGGUGUAUCUCCAUGACAACCCCUGGACAUGUGACUGCAACAUCAAUGGCCUGGUGCGCUGGGUGUCCCAGACAAAGGCCAACCUUUCCCCUCUGGAGUCCCUGAGGUGUGUUGCCCCGACAGAGUACCGCAACAAAUCCCUCAGCAGCCUCAAAGACCAGAACCUACGCUGCCGGGCCUAGACUAGAGCCAAACCAACCUUUACUCUGUGCUGUCGGGCCUACACUAGAGCCACUCAAACCUUUACUCUGUGCUACCAGACCUAGACUAAAGCCACACCAAUCUUUCCUCCACACCAGCAUCCUGCAUCAGCCACGUUACAUUUUUACAUUUUACAUAUUUUGCAGACACUCUAAUCCAGAGCGAUUUACAGUAGUGAGUGCAGACAUUUGCAUAUGUUCCUGCUACAGAGUAACCUGUUAUACAACACUUAAUACUUAGCUAUGGUCCAACGACAGGACAGUUACUCAUUAUUGUGCAACCCUAGCCUAGGUCCAGCCACAGAAUGCCAUGUCAUUGUGCAACAUCUAGGCAGCCACGGCCCAAUAACUGACAAUUGUACAAUUAGCUUUUACUGUACAACCAUAAGCGAAAGUUAUUAUAAACUCAUAAUAAAUGUCCCGUUUAUUUUCAGCAAACUUAACGUGUAAAUAUUUGUAUGAACAUAACAAGAUUCAACAACUGAGACAUAAACUGAACAAGUUCCACAGACAUGUGACUAACAGAAAUGAAAUAAUGUGUCACUGAACAAACAAUGUGUCACUGCACCAGAUUUGCCAGUUCUUGCUGUGAGAUGUUACCCCACUCUUCCACCAAGGCACCUGCAAGUUCCCAA